AUGAAUAAUAGUAAUGAAUCAUCUCCGUAUUGGGCGUCAAAUGAAUUUUUUACAAAGAUUGUCAAAAAAUUAAAUAGUGAUGCAUCUGUGAUAGGUUUUCGAAUUUGGUUAGCUACUGCUAAAGGUGAUAAUUAUUUAAGUGAAUUAUAUAGAGCUGAAAUCGAAUAUGAAACUGAAAGAAAAACUAAAAAAGUAACUUUGGUUAUAAAAAUAAUGCCUGAAGGAAAUCAAUCAGAAGAAUUUGUUAGAGAAAUGGGAGUCUUUCCAAAGGAAAUUUCUAUGUACACCAAGGUGUUACCAAAAUUGAGCAAAAUUUUAUAUGGCGUUGGUAUUAAUACCGAAUUAUCCUCAAAAUGCAUAAAAUCAUUGGAUAUGAAGCCUACUGGUAUAGUUAUGACCGAUUUGGCAAUAGGUGGUUACAAAAUGGGAAAAAGGACAAAAGGCCUAGAUAUUACACAUUCUACUUUACUUAUGGACAAAAUUGCACAUAUGCAUGCUGCAUCCAUUGUCAUGGAGCUAAAGGAUCCUCAUUCAGUUGAUGAUUACACAUUAGGUUUUAUACAAACAGAAUCUGAAGACCAUCUGAUGAAUCAAUUGUUGUUAAAAGCUCUGGUGGAGCUUUCAGAAGCUACAUCAAUUUGGGAUGGCUAUCAAAAAUAUUCAAAAAAAUUAUAUAAUAUGAAGGAUACAAUUAUUCAAAGAGCAAUGGCUUCAACUAAAAUGCGUCCUGGCUGUAUAAAUGUAUUAAAUCAUGGUGAUUUGUGGACCAACAACAUGCUAUUUAAAUAUGAUCAAAAUAAUGAACCUACGGAUGUUGUUUUUGUGGAUUUUCAAUUAUCUAUUUGGUCUUCAUUAGGAAUAGAUCUGAAUUAUUUCUUACAUACAAGUGUACAAUAUGAAAUUAUGAAUAAGAAAGAUUACUUGAUCGAAAGAUAUCACAAAACUUUGCCAUCCCAAAUUGAUGUAGCUUCUGAAAGCUCCACCAGCGCUUUUAACAGCAAUUGA